GCUUUAGUGAUAGCAGUACUUUUAACCUCCAUAAAACAACUCAUAGAAUGAAGAAGUCCUAUAAAUGUACAGAGUGCAGAAAGAGUUUCUACACAAGCAGUGAUCUUACUUUGCAUAAAAAGUCUCAUGCAGGAAAGAAAUAUAAAAGGAUGGAAUGUGGAAGGAGGUUCAGUAUGAAUAUUGAUUUUACUUCUCAUAAAAGGAUCCACAAAGGGGAGAAACCAUAUAGAUGUACAGAGUGUGGAAAGUGCUUCAGCCAACACAAAAAUCUGUCCUGCCAUAAAAGGAUCCACACAGGGGAGAAGCCGUAUAAAUGCACAGAUUGCGGAAAGAGCUUCACCACCAGUGGUUCUCUCACUGGCCAUAAAAGGACCCACACGGGAGAGAAACCAUAUAAGUGUACAGCAUGUGGAAAGAGUUUCCGCAGGCAUACUGAUCUCAUUUCUCAUAAAAGGAUCCACAAAGGGGAGAAACCAUAUAGAUGUACAGAGUGUGGAAAGUGCUUCAGCCAACACAAAAAUCUGUCCUGCCAUAAAAGGAUCCACACAGGGGAGAAGCCGUAUAAAUGCACAGAUUGCGGAAAGAGCUUCACCACCAGUGGUUCCCUCACUGGCCAUAAAAGGACCCACACAGGGGAGAAACCAUAUAAGUGCACGGAAUGUGGGAAGAGUUUCAGCCAAAGUGCUUCCCUUAGUUCCCAUGAAAGGAUCCAUACUGGGAUGAAACCAUAUCAAUGCCUGGAUUGUGGAAAGACCUUCAGUCAAAGCAGUAAUCUUAGUUCUCACAAGAAGAUCCACUCAGGGGAGAAGCUACUUUCUACACUUUGCUCUUUUUCUCUAACCUUGUUAUCAUUUUCAUCUCUCUUUUGCUUUGAAGGUGACAACGGGCAGGAGAAUCAAGAUUCCUGUGAACUGUUCCAAGUGAUCAGUGCUAAAGAUGGAACGGGGAAGUUUGGAAUUCGAAUGGAAUUUGAAAGCCAUGAGAGAAACGAGUCAAAGAAUUGGAGUCAGAAAAGCUCAUCUUCCACUGAUGUUCCGAUGCAAAAUUUUCUUGCCCAACAAGAGAAAAUAAGGAAAAAAUAUACUGGAAAAAGUGUGAAGCUAAUCAAACCUAAAGUAAAUGAACACUAUUUAACCCAAAACAAAGGAGACGAUGCUAUAAGAAGACACAAGGGACAAAAUUACAAUGGGACAUUCAUUCUUUCUCUUGGAAAUAGAUUCUCAAAUCUUACAUCUCAAAAAGCUAUUGACACAAAAGAGAAGCCUUAUAAAUGUUUAGAAUGUGGUAAAUGUUUCAGAACAAAAAAGGAACUUACUAUCCAUAUAAGGAUCCACACAGGGGAGAAGCCAUAUAAAUGCAUGGAGUGUGGAAAGACAUUUACUCAUGGCAGUGGACUUAGAAGCCACAAAAAGAUCCACUCAGGAGAGAAACCAUAUAAAUGCACAGAAUGUGGAAAGACAUUUGGUCAAAUAUGUAAUCUUAUUUCCCAUAAAAGGAGCCACAAAGGGGAGAAGCCAUAUAAAUGCAUGGAGUGUGGAAAGUCCUUUGCUCGCAGCAGUACACUUACUUCCCAUAACAUGAUCCACACAGGGGAGAAACCAUAUAAAUGCAUGGAGUGUGGAAAGACCUUUGCUUAUAGUAGUGGACUUAGUAUACACAAGAACCUCCACACAGGAGAGAAAUCAUUUAAAUGCAUGGAAUGUGGAAAGUCCUUUGCUCGUAGCAGUACACUUAUUUCUCAUAAGAUGAUCCAUUCAGGAGAAAAGCCAUAUAAAUGUAUGGAGUGUGGAAAGACUUUUGCUCAAAGUGGUCAUCUUAUCUCCCAUAAGAUGAUCCACACAGGGGAGAAGCCAUAUAAAUGCAUGGAGUGUGGAAAGACGUUUACACAGAGCAGUGGACUUAGAAGCCACAAAAGGCUCCACACAGGAGAGAAACCAUUUAAAUGUAUGGAUUGUGGAAAGAUCUUUGCUCAAAUAGGUCAUCUUAUUUCCCAUAAGAUGAUCCACACAGGGGAGAAACCAUAUAAAUGCAUGGAGUGUGGAAAGACCUUUGCUUAUAGUGGUGGACUUACUAUACACAAAAAGCUCCACAAAGGAUUGAAACCAUUUAAAUGCAUGGAGUGUGGAAAGAACUUUGCUCAAAGAAGUCAUCUUAUUUCCCAUAAGAUGAUCCACACAGGGGAGAGGCCGUAUAAAUGCAUGGAGUGUGGAAAGACAUUUACUCAGAACAGUGGCCUUGGAAGCCACAAAAAGAUCCACAUGGGGGGAGAAGCUAUAUAAAUGCAUGGAGUGAAAAAAAAACCUUUAGUCAAAAACGUAAUUUUAUUUCCUAUUGGAUGAUCCACAGGGGAGAAGCCAUAUAAAUGCACAGAAUGUGGAAAGAGCUUUGCUCACAAUGGUCAUCUUACUUCUCAUAAAAGGAUCCACAUUCGGGUGAAACUAGGAUCUCCUGCCUGAGCCAAAAGUGCAGAUUGUGUCUCCAUUGGGAGGGGUGGUCUUUAAAAAAAAAAGUUCUGAUCCAAUAUGGAUCUAGAACAGGGGUGAGUUCUGGCUGGCAUUACUGCUGGUUCGCUCGUGUGCGCACUUCUCAAAAAAAGAGAUGAGGACAGCGGUGACCGAGGAACCAGUUCGGGGAUGUGGCUGACCUGGGUCGCUGCCAGUUCCGCGACUCAGGCCAGCAUACCAUUAUCGAUUCAGCCAAACCAAUCCAAACCAGUAGGAACCCACCACUGAUUCAGAAGUGAAUUAAAAACUCCAGCAACUCCCAUCUCAAUCAAAUUGGAACCCCAAAAUGUUAUCAGUACAUUUUUGUCUAAAAUUAGGUUAAUUUUGGGUUGGGCCAUAAAAAUAAUUCUUUCCAUCUGAUAGUCUGUUUGUUUACCUACUAAAAGUAAUCUUUAUGAAUUGAAGAUGUUUUCAAUAAAAAUGGGCUCUUAAAAGUUUUGAAUUUCCACUGAUUUAAAAAUCCUCCAUUUAUUCUCUUGCUGAAGUAUUUUUUUCUCAUCCAGAAUUUGCAUUUCUUGUUCAAAUAGUCAUGAUUUUCACUUUGUAAAGCCACUGCCUUUUUUUUAAGCAAUUCCACAAAGAUCUUUAAUGUCCCCAGAUGCAAA